GCUUGCUCUCCAACAUUUUUUUCCAACUGGUCAACUACAUGGCAAUCAAGGUUCGCCUUCUAUCGCGAAAUCUCAUCAACCACCCAAGACGGCACCGACACUACACACCGUCAAACAAUCUAAACAAGCGAUACAGAAUCUCAAUACCUGACUCAGUUAUUCUCAUUCACGCUCAUCACUCCUGCCGGUACUUUGCAAACAAGCGUCACUCAUAAACCACCAUGUCAUCCGUCAAACGCAAGCAGCCGCCUGCCACUCUCCUGCAAAGGCGCGUUCGCCCCAGGUAUGAGCCGGAGCCUGAAUCAGAUGUCGAGGAGAUGAGCGAUGCGCCAAGUGAGGAGGGUGCCGGGUUUGACAGUGAAGAGGACGAGGUCAUGAGUGAGGCUGAGAUGAGAAGCGGCAGCGAUGAGGAAAACUCUGAACUCGGCUCAGACCCCGAAGACGGCGAGGAUGAAUCGGAAGAUGACACCCCCCAACCCACCCACCAGCUCUCCUUUGGCGCCCUCGCCAAAGCCCAAGCAGCCCUAGGCGACAAGCUCAACAAGCGCAAGCGCCGCUCCAGCAGCGCCGCUUCCGAAGCGUCCAGCUCUCGGGGUAACAACAACAACGACAACAAGUUUUCUCUUGAGAAGAAUCACAAGAAACCCCUGGAAAAGCCCUCCCGCACAAGCAAACACGCCCCUGUCGAGUUGUCGUCAAAACGCCAGGUCUCCCGCCGCCGUGACUUCCUCCUCGACCCGACCUCGACCAAACCCCAGCAUCGCGACCCCCGCUUCUUUGCGCCCUCCACCAUGUCGGCCACGUCGAAAAUAGACGAGAUCAAAGCCCGAAAAGCGUACGCUUUUUUGGAUGAGUACCGCGAGAAGGAGAUGCAGGAGCUUCGGGUGGCGAUCAAGAAGAGCAAGAACGCGGAGGAGAAGGAGAAGCUGCAGAAGGCGUUGCUGUCGAUGGAGAGCAAGAAGAAGGCGCAGGAGAGGAAGGACAAGGCGCAAAAGGUGCUGGAUGAGCACAAGAAGAAGGAGAAGGAGCUGGUGAGGCAGGGGAAGAAUCCUUUCUAUCUGAAGAAGAGCGAGCAGAAGAAGAGGGUGGUGGUGGAGACGUUCAAGGGGAUGAAGAAGGGGCAGGUGGAUAGGGCGAUUGAGAGGAGGAGGAAGAAGGUGGCGGGUAAGGAGAAGAAGUUGCUGCCUUGGGCUCGGAGGACGGUGGAGGAUCGGUGAUUUGUUUGGGGGGUUAUGGGGCACGAGUUGGGAAGGGUAGGGGUUUGUAGGUGGUUGGAAUGGUUGGUUGAUAGUGACGGUGAGCGGGUCGUCUAUUAGUCGGCCCGUUCGUCGUUCCUAUUAACAUUCCAACUAUAAUAUCAUUAAGUCAGACAUAGCUAUAGUAAGCGCUAGGGUACGUUUGCUUGUCUUGAUCCCGGAUGUAGUUGUGAUUAUUCGUGGAGGGGGUUGGUAAAAUAGUAAUCUCUUUUAGCAGACAUGCUCUCCAGGCGUCUUCUACCCAAGACACGACACAGCUUGCCUUGACGCUUUCUGCAU